CCGCGCGCCUCCCGCUGCUGCCCGCCGGCCGCCAGGGCUCCGCCAGGUGACCGCCUGGGAACUACAGCUCCCAGCAGCCCCGGCCGCCCGGAUUAGCCCCGCCGCCGCCGCGCGGGCCGGGCGUGGACCGGGCCCCUGGGCUCCUGCCUUGCACCGUUUUGGGUCCGCGAACGAACGCCUUUGGGCGCUGCUGCCCACACGCAGGCGCAGGCCUUGGAGCUCCGCCAGGGAGGACCGGUGUGCCUGGCGCGGGGGAGCGCGGGACCCCUGUGAGGAAGCGAGCCGGGCGGUGGGUCGAACUUGACUCUAGCAGCACCUGGGUUGAUUACUGGGCGAAGCUGGUGGAGCGCGUCCUUCAGGAUGCCCGAGGGCCCCGAGCUGCACCUGGCCAGCCUCUUUGUGAACCGGGCCUGCAGCGAGCUGGUGUUCGGGGGGUGCGUGGAGAAGUCGCCGGUCAGCCGCAACCCCGAGGUACCCUUUGAGAGCAGCGCUUACCACAUCUCCGCGGCCGCGCGGGGCAAGGAGCUGCGUCUGACCCUGCGCCCCCUGCCAGGGGCCCAGCCCCCCCGGGAGCCGCUGGCCCUGGUCUUCCGCUUCGGCAUGUCUGGCUCCUUCCAGCUGGCGCCCAGCGACGCGCUGCCCCGACAUGCCCACCUGCGCUUUUACACGGUGCCCCCGGGGCCACCGCAGGCCCUCUGCUUCGUGGACAUCCGUCGCUUUGGCCGCUGGGACCUCAGUGGCCAGUGGCAGCCAGGCCGAGGGCCGUGUGUCCUGGCGGAAUACGAGCAGUUCAGGGACAAUGUGUUACGAAACCUGGCGGACAAGGCCUUUGACCGGCCCAUCUGUGAGGCCCUCUUGGACCAGAGGUUCUUCAAUGGCAUUGGCAACUACCUGCGGGCAGAGAUCCUGUACCGGCUGAGGAUACCCCCUUUUGAGAAGGCCCGCACGGUCCUGGAGGCGCUCCAGCAGCGCAGGCCGGUGAGGGGGGUGCGGGGACGGGCUGCAGACGCCAGCAGGCAGGACCGUGAAGGCUCGCACACCUUUGGGCCUCAGUUUCCCCUUCUCUCUGGAGGGGUGGUGGAUGAGCCUCCCAGGAGUCCCGCAGAGCUCGGAAAGGGCUCUCUCCUGGGGGGCUGCCCACGCCGACCAUCCUGUCUCGCCCCUGCCCCUCCCCAGAGCCCAGAGCUGACCCUGAGCCAGAAGAUCAAGGCCAAGCUGCAGAACCCGGACCUGCUGGAGCUGUGCCACUCAGUGCCCAAGGAGGUGGUGCAGAUGGGGGGCAAGGGGUAUGGGCAGGAGCUGGGGGAUGAAGACUUUGCUGCCUUCCGCGCCUGGCUGCGCUGCUACGGCGUGUCAGGCAUGAGCUCCCUGCGGGACCGGCAUGGCCGCACCAUCUGGUUCCAGGGGGAUCCUGGACCUCUGGCACCCAAAGGGGGCAAGUCCCGCAAGAAGAAGACCAAAGCAGCACUGAGGGGGCCGGAGGAUACCGUGGAGGGACCCCCGUCUCCUCCACCUCCUGCCAGUCGCACCAAGACCCCUGCCCGACCACGCAGGCCACGCCGGGGCCGUCCUGAGCGCGGCACAGAGCAGCAGCCCGUGGCGGCCAGCCCCCCGCCGGCGCCUGCAGCCCCCGAGAAAGGGAAGAGGCGGAGGCGGCCUCCCUCUGCGCCCCGCUCGAAGGCCCUCAGUGCAGGCCCCGGAGGAUCAAGGCUGACACCCCAUCCACGGAGCCUGAAGGCAGCCCGGCCUCUUAGCAGGCGGCUCUCUGGGCCCGCUGCUGCCUGUUCCGCUCAGGAAGCCCCAGCCCUGCACGCUGCACCCCUGCCCCUCGCCUCACAUCCACUCGGAAAGCGCUUUAUUUUUAUAAACAUGAAUUUGGACUUCUUGGCACUUUCUGGCAUGGCUGCGUGGUACAAGGCCGGCUGAUCGGGGGGCGGCGCCAAGGCCCCCCUCAUUUCUCCUGUGCUCAGUCCACGGGCCUGCUCCCCAGUCAGCGCCCACCCCUCGUCCUUCUCCCCAGCCCUCUUGCUGCCCGGCACCCACCCCCUUGGAGCUUCCCGGGCCCAGGCGCAC